AUGCGGCGGUUCGCGCGGGUGGCGCUGCUGUGCCUGGGCUGCGGCGUCUGCUCGCUGCUCUACGGCUUCAGCCAGCUGGCCCUCUCGCUGGAGCAGGAGCCCGGCGGCGGCCGGGAGCGGCAGGCCCGAGACCCCGCCGCGCCCGGCGCCCGGCGGCAGGCAGGCGGCGGCUGGGCGGCGGCGGGGAGCGCGGGCCGAGGCGAGGCGGGGGCCGGCAGGUGUAAGAAUUUAUCUGUAUCUUUCUGGAAUUCCUAUUGGAUGCUGCCCUCUGAUGUUUGUGGAAUGAACUGCUUUUGGGAAGCUGCUUUUAGAUAUGAUUAUAUGAAAACACGUCCUUCUGAGAAAAUGCAUCUAGCAGUGGUUGCCUGUGGUGAAAGACUGGAGGAGACUGUUACUAUGUUGAGAUCAGCCAUUAUUUUCAGCAUCAAACCUCUCCAGUUUCAUAUUUUUGCUGAGGACCAAUUGCAUGAGAGUUUCAAAGAUAUACUUGAUGACUUCCCCUAUGAAGGAAAAGUUAAUUACACAUUAUAUCCAAUAACAUUUCCAACUGAGAGUGCAGCAGAAUGGAAGAAAUUGUUUAAACCAUGUGCUUCACAAAGGCUGUUCUUGCCAUUAAUCCUCAAAAAUGUGGAUUCGCUACUGUAUGUUGAUACUGACAUCCUGUUUUUGAGACCUGUUGAUGAUAUUUGGUCUUUUCUGGGGAAGUUCAACUCCACACAAAUUGCUGCAAUGGCACCAGAACAUGAAGAGCCUCGUAUCGGGUGGUAUAAUCGCUUUGCUAGACAUCCCUAUUAUGGAGUAACUGGAAUAAAUUCUGGAGUAAUGUUAAUGAAUAUGACACGUAUCAGAAGAAAGUAUUUCAAGAAUGAUAUGACACCAGUCCGGUUACAGUGGGGAGAAAUUCUUAUGCCACUGCUGAAGAAGUACAAGUUGAACAUAACAUGGGGUGAUCAGGAUCUGUUGAACAUUAUGUUUUUUCACAAUCCAGAAAGCCUUUAUGUCUUUCCUUGCCAAUGGAAUUAUCGCCCUGACCACUGCAUCUAUGGAAGCAAUUGUAAGGAAGCUGAAGAAGAAGGUAUAUUUAUUCUUCAUGGAAACAGAGGUGUUUACCAUGAUGAUAAACAACCGACUUUUAGGGCUGUCUAUGAAGCAAUAAAAAAUUAUUCAUUUGGCGAUGAUCUGGUGCAUUCCCUGUUGCAGCCUCUAGAACUGGAAUUACAGAAAACCAUGCAUACAUACUGUGGAAGAGUAUAUGAAGUGUUCGUAAAGCAGCUAACAAAAAGCAUAAGAGACUUGUAUGCCAGAAGAUCAAAGGGAAGGUGAUUUUUACUCCAAGCUGUUCAAUCAAGAGACUGAAUUAACAUACUGGUCAAAAGGUGCAAAAAUUCUAAUAUGGCUUGAAUGGGCUCUUAAUGUGCCCAGGUAGAAGUUAACUAGCAUACAUAAAAAUGAAGAAAAUAUUCAUGUAAUGAAGAACAGGAACUUUCGUCUGCAAAAGUGACUUUUUGCUCUUUUGAAGUUUAAUCACUGCUAAUGUUUAUCUUGGAUCCAGUGAUUUGGGUGUUACUGCCUUCUAUGGUCAGUAUUCUGCAUAAUUCAGUUAUCUAAGGAUCAAAUGAACAAGGAAGAAAUGAAGAUGGCUCUAUUUGGGAGUGUACCUCAUAUAUUGUCUAAAGUUCUUGUAAACUGUGAAUGUAGCAAUAACUGAGUCAGCAGCACUAACCUCACUUUAAAGGUGUGAGCCCUUAUGUAAACAAAGUUGUUUACAAGUGCAGAAAAUACUCUGUUUUCAAAGAAAUAUGAUACAAUAAUUGACAAUCUGUAUGUGCCUUUAUAUGUUCAUCUCUUACAUGUUGAAGUACUGUUUUGACAAUCUUGUUUUGCUUAUCUUAGGUGUAAACUGCACGCUAUAAAUACAAUUUUCUGAGAAAUUAAUAACUAGUAUGUGAUACUAGUUUUCUCUGUUGGUAGAUACAGAGACUUUUUAACAUACAGCAUUUGUUUCAACAUCGUUGAGCCAUCAUGGCCAAAAGAUAAGAGCAGAGUUGAGGGGUUUUUAAGCAAAAAUUUAGUUUGAAGUUGUCUGUCUUACAAUACUUUUUUAAAAAUUACAUGGUUUUGCAGCUUUAUAGGGCAUUUUGGAAGUAGGAAAAAAAAAAACCAGUGUAAAGCUGUUGCUGUUGUAUUUUCCUUACUAAGAAUUAUUACCUGAUGGUUAUUAUAGAGUAUUGAGUACCUAACAGUGAAGAGCUGUAAUACGAGUUCUGAUGGUUCAUCAGACUGUAUACUAGAUGGGUUUCUUAGAGAUUAUAUCCUGUUACCAUAUUUUUUUAAUAACAUGGCUUUAAAAUAGUUUUGGGGCAGACCCUCAGCUACAUGAAUGCAUUACUGUCAAUAGGGUGAUAGUGAUUUACAACUAAGGAUUAGGCUUUCUUUAGUUAUCUUAGUGAAAAAAAAGUUCUGUUUAUGUAGUACAAACUUUUUUUCCGAGAAAAACAUGAAGAAAAAGGCUGAGUUCUAGUGUUACAGUAAAAUAUUAUUUAAACUUGCAUGGUAUGAAAUGUAUUUGUAAAGUAUAUUUGAACUUGGAUAACCUGUCUGACUGAGAUGAAGCCUUCAUAAAGUGAGUUUUUGGAAUCCAGAAAUGUUCCUGUGUGUAGAACAUGGAGGAUCCACUCGCUGACUUGCACCUUCAUCCCAACCCCAUUUUAGAAGCUUAGUUUUUGUGGCUGUUUCUUUGUCAAAGGCAGGCUGGCUCUGACUCCCAGAUCCAUGUGAGCUGGACGAAUGCUUUAGCAGUACAAAAACACGCUCCAUUGUAAGCAGAGUUUAUAUUCUGCUCCUAAUCUCCCUGCUGGCUCAGGGUGUAAAUUUCUGGGAUGGAAACUAGGAAGCAGUCUGCCUCGCAUGUAGUUACGGUCUCUUUUCCUUCUAUGUAACUUCUUGAAGUCUGAAAAUCUAGAAAUCUGUGUGAAGGUGAAUACUGUUGUUGACUGAUUUUACAAUACGCAAUGCAUUAUUUUUUUACAUAAAUACUGAUUUUUAUAUCAAUUUGUCUUCAGCUUUUUUUUUUACUUGUACUGUGUGUUUGUAUUAAAUUCUUUCGGCCUG